UCGGAGCGGUGCGACGAGCAUGGCGUCCGGCGGCGUCGCGCGACGGUGCCUUGUGCUGGCGGCUUUGUCCUGUUGCAGCCUGGGCGCUGCCUUAGCGCUCGUCGUGUUCGGAAACGGGGCCACGUGGGAACGCGAGCUGCCGGUGUGCACCUCGGAGCGCUCGGCCUGCAGCCUGGUCCAUCGGCGUUACUGGCAGAGCCCGCUCGAGAUCCGGCUCUGCCGCUGCCCGCGCAAGGAGCCCUGUCCCGAGGGUUUCGACACAGCGACCAAUGAAUCGGCGUUCAACGUCACCGCCAGGACUCAACUUAAGAUGUGUUCCGGCUGGCAAGCUCCCCCUUGUAACGCCAGCCAGGUAUCACUGGUAGCAAAGACCAUCAGAAAGAUAACACGUGUUGCCCACGACGAAAACGGCAAGCAAACGCACGCAGAGGUGAUGUGCCGCUGCUCUGGACAGAAUUCGGACGUCUAUUACCGUCGGGCCCAUGGAAAUAACACGGCGGAUUUGACCUACUACGAACAGCGCCAGUACUUCACCUGUGAAUCGAUUGAUGAUUUACUGAUCACUUCUACGCCAAUGAAGCUAAAAUCUGGUGGUGCUCCACACUGCUAGUAACUCAUCUGAUUCAGCAGUUCAAAAUUCCCAGAACGGUCAGCUACCUGGCAACAAGCCAUACCAGCUGCACGACUGUCAGUCGCCACACAGGCGUGCACGCAUACACCACAGCUGCCUCACACACUACCUAACACCACUGACUCCCGCAUUCUCCUGUGCACUCAGCACAUUGCUUGAAUGUCGUGAAAUGAAACAAGAACAGCUGAGCGCCUGGCUUGUGGUAUGUGAAGGAAGGAUGGUUCAGUACGUGCUGCACCAUCUAAUCACAGCCAGGAUAAACAGCUGCAAGCACAGUCAACACAUUUUUUUUUCCGAUCUGGGACCGUCUUUUAUAAUGAUCCAUUAAAUUUUCCUUUCUUCCCUUCAUCGACUCAGACAGUCACACAGCCAUAUCAGUCGGGAUCACGCACUCUGCGCAAAAAGUGAUAAGAAUGGAAAAUUAAAUGCGUCUUACAUAAUAUAACCUCUGCCCUUGCUUUAGGUUGUCACUCAACUUAUCAGAGUUUCGUGAACAUGUCAGCGUUGCGCUCCAAGGCUCUGCUUUCGUAUACAAUGAUCGUUGCUGCACGCAAGCAGAGGUCGAGUACUGCAAGCUUCUCUCUGUAUUCUAUUGCUUUUUAAAGCAACAGCUUCCUUUGGCUGUUAAUAUAUUGAACCGAUAGCACUCCAUCUGCAACAGACACCUCGGCAUCGAACGCGGUCGCGUGAUGAAUGUUCAUUGCAACAAAGUUGCAGCCAGGAUACUAGGAAAAAGGGAGUUGCUACAGAGUUUCAACUGGUGUGCUGCGACUACGAGAUAUACUAUGUUGUGGUAUCAUUUGGCCUUAUUGCCACUUCAUCUGUCUGCUUAUGUGCCCAUAAGGUUUCAUUAUUUAUGGAUGGCAUGGGGUUAUGCAACAGGUCACACAAGAAAGCUGUUGCUGACAUUGAUAACCAUCUUCGAUUGUUUUUUUUUUUUUUUUGUGUG